AUGGUUUAUACAUCAUCUGAGGGUCAAACCGAAAGCAAAAGGCAUUCAAAGAAACACAAUGCUGGUGAAAUUCAAACCAAAGGUACGGCCAUGUCUUUUGGAUUUCGUAAAAAUCUCAAUACGACUCCGAAGAAAUUGAAGAAACUGCUAAAAGGGGAAAAUGCCAAGAAAAAACAGGAUAAAUGUAAUAACGUGUGUACGAAUGACACAGAAGCGAACGCCACAGAUGAACAUGGGGAUUCGGGUGGUUAUGAUAUGACAGAUAAUAAUGACACGAAGUGCCAUCUAAGCAACACCGUGAAUGAUAUACGGAAUGCAACAGCAGCAACAACAACAACAUCAAUGGAAAAUGAUGAUAAUGGCAAUGCAGAUUUCCUUAACAAUGUGCACUUUGAUAAAAUGGGAGCAGUGGCCGCAAAUAAUGUUAACUCUGGUAACACAACAACAACAGCAGCAUCAAACAAUGCAUCUGGUGGUGGCGGCUGCAAUGGAAAUGUUCGAUUACCUGGAGCCGGCAGCCGUUUUGGUUAUCGUGGUCCUGUACGACCAUCAUCGACAGAUAUAACUUCUCGUUGCAAGAAUGAAGCCAACGAAAAUGUCGAGAACAACAAUAGUGCUACAGCGGGAAGUAACACCAAGGGACAAUUAGUGAGCAACUUAAAACGUCGCUCAAAGAGUGCACACGCCGGACGAACACCAUCAACAUCCAAUGAGAGUGAUACGGAGACAACUACCACACCUCGUGCCACUCAACCAAAGACGAUAACAUUCAAUUUAAAGCAAAACAGUACCAUUGAGUAUGACAGGCGACAGUUCUUUGAACAGCCACCAUUAUCGGGUGCAAGUGGGCUAAGUGGCCGCUAUGCCUACGGAGGAAACGCCAGCAGUAACAUCAUUUCAACCGGCAUGCACAGCAAUGUUAUACAUCGGCCCACAGCAAGAUUACCAUUGAAUACUGUGACAACGGCACCAGCAACAAGUGCAACGGCCUAUACCAAAUACACCCUGCAAACAGUCAGUUUACCAAAGCCGGAAUUUGCUGUACCCAUCAGCAUUAAUGUAACGACACCAACAACACCGGCCAGCACUUCAUACAACUCCUCCUCAUCGGCAUCAUCAACAAGGACCCGAGAUAACUCAUGGAACCGUCCACAACAUCCACUGACCGUGGCCCAAUCAACGGCUCCACGUAUGGAUUCCAAAGCAGCCAAACACAUGACAAAUAGCACGAGGCGAACAUUCUCCGGCAGUCGGGAGAUUUCUGCUGAUUCGGGUAUUGCUAGUCUUGACAUGGCAUUAGAUAGCUCCGGCUCCAGUCGAAUGAGUAGCUCAGGUGCCCAUAAAGGGUCGCCCAAACGAAGUCGCAGUCGUCCCCGCAAUCUACAGAUGGUAAUGAAUGGCCGUCACCGCUUCGAGGUGAAAGAUUUGGACGAUUCGUUGUCAAGUGGAGAUAGUUCCAUUGUUGAACCGUUGGCUUUACCAAAAUUGCCGACGGAAAAUCAAACUGUGCCAUUGCCGCUUAGCGGUUUGAUACGUUCCAAUACGGUAUUGAGUCGUGAAUCGUACGAGUCACGUAAUACUGAAAAUAAACAAAAACAAAUAGUAAAAUUAGACACGGAUUUGGCCAACAUUAGUCAAUCAACAUCGCGACAAGCUUCCGAAGAAGAUAGUGAAUUUGUUGACGAAGAAAAACUCCAUUUGGAUAGAUCUGCAACGGAAAAGGGAGCAAAGGAACGUCAAUUUAAAGACAUCAAUACAUGCUCCAGUAAAACUUCGUCACCCGACAGUUCAAUUAUUUCCUCAUGGUGUAAUGCAGGCGAGUCGUUGGCAGCAAAUGAUUUUAGUACAUUAAGUUUGGACAGCAGCGAAGAUAGCAAUAAACAGGACAAUAAACUUCUAGAGGAGCAAAAGGAAAGCGAACGGAAACUGUCAUUUGAAAUCAAUGAUGAGGACUUGGUCACUCUGAAUACCGAUGUACAAAUUAGCACAUUAUCUUCCUUAACUGAACCUGUUACGCUCAACGAUGAAAUCGAUAAUUUACCCAAGGAAUCCACAAAACUAACUACUCUCCCUGAUGAUGAUAAGAACGCAACGGAUGACAAAUUGGAACGUCCCAAAACCCUGUGUAACUCAUUGAACGAGUCUAAAUUCGCCGAAAUGGCUUUGGAGGGUAGCACAUUUCUAUUGGAUGACGAAACUUCGCCUACCGACAGUUUGGUCAGUAGUAGCGAGUCCGAAGGUGCAGCCUGCAAACAAAAGAAACACAAGCUCAAUGAAGAAUUGCAGGAGAAGGACAUCGAUGAAAUUUCGCCAGAAUUAGAUUUGGCUAGCCCUCUAUCGCCCGGUACUCCAACUCAUUGUUCUCGCUCGCUGUCACUAUCGGACUGUGGUAAUUUAAUUGAUGAUGAGAUAGCCGAUCAACCGGCCCUACUAUUCAAUCAAGAAUCACAGGAUGGUGGUGCAGAGAGCGGUACAUCGCGCCGCGAUCGAACCGAUACGCCAACGCUCAUGGAGAGUUUAAGUUCGUUGCGCAACUCCAUACACAGUCAAACGAAUAGGUCACGCAGCGCCCUCUAUCAGGCAAUGGAGUUGAGUUUGCGUACACCAUUGGCGGUACGCAAAGCAGUAAUGGAACGGGCGGAAUCUUUAGACACAUUAUCGCCCUGUGAAUCCAUCUGUUCCGAUGAUUUAAUGAUGGAUUUUGAUAUGGCCAGUAGCAUGGAUUCAAUCGAUAGAUCGGUUUCCAUCAAAAGCCGCAGUGGCUCGGAUUUAAAUAAAAUUGAUGACAGUGAAUUGUUUUCCGAAUUAGAUCGCAAAGGUAGCGAUGUUAUGAAAGAAUUAAAUAAUCUCCUAAGAAAUAAUUCCAAGAAGAACAAAGAUCGAGAUAUAACUGCUCACUUGCCUGCACGUGCAACCCGUUUAUUGAAUCGUUCUCGUAUGCAGCAACACUGUACCCUGAACAACGAUAACGAUUCCGACAGCACAAGAUCUCCACUAAGCACACGACGUCACCACAAUACGGCCACAUCGUCGCGCAAUUCCACAGCAUCAUCGGUGACCAACAACUACAACAAUACCGGCAACAAUAGCAGUGUUAACAAUACAGCCAAUUCAUCGCUGCAGCGAAGACAUCAGCAACAGCCGCAUCAUCAUCAGAAUCACCAGCCAACAUCGUCAUCAUCGGCCGCCUACCAUCAGCAUCAACGUGACACGCACAGUUCAUCGGACGAUCUCAUGUUGUAUGAUAAAUCAUUUAGGAAUGCUAUGAUCCAAGAUGUGUUGCAGUUCAAGAAGCAAUUGUUACGUUUGCGUAAAAUACUGCAGGAGAAUGAAAAUUGUUUGACGAGGACCGAAACUCUCAAUCCAUUCGAAAACGAUAAUGGACAACUAUUUACAUCCUGUGGCUUGGACAGCAAAUUGUUAGACGACAUCGAUUUGGCCAGCCUAACGUCAUCGACCACAGAUGAUCCGGUACAGGAACUUUCGGAUCUACGAAGACAGGUGGUUUACCUUCAGGGACAAGUUGAUGAUCGUGAUCGUACAAUACGUAUGCAGAAAAAUCUCAUUGAACAAUUAGAGGCGGAAAAACAUAAAACAACUAAUCCAACGUCUGUUGAAAACGCAAAGGAAUGCGUUACCACGGCAACACAAACCGAAAGGACUCGACCAUUAUCGAUUGGCAUGGAGGGUUUAUCGAGAAGUAAGCCGGAAUAUACAAGUUAUACAACAUAUUUUCCGGUCACAAAUGGCACUACGGUCAUACAGCAGCAGCAACAUCAUAAUUCUGGCCAAGCAAAUCCUGGCAGUAUGACAAACAGUAAUAAUAAUAACAACAAUAAUAAUAGUAAUCCAAUUCGUCGUCAUACUGUUAUUUCAACAACAUUGUCCAAUUAUAAUCAGCAAAUGUUUUCACACCAACAACACCAACAACCCAUGCCGAAUAACACCAUUACACCGGCACGUCGAGCAUCGAUUGCAUGGGACAAACAAAUUGCACCCUCAUAUAAACCGGUGAAAAUUACAUUAAUCGGUGAUCCUUUGAAACAGUGGAGUAGCAGUGGAUGUGUGAAUGUAACACAGCCAACAAAUGAAGAAGAGAAUGUUAAGAAUUCGGUUAAUAAUAAUAAUGAACGGCAGCCGUCUCAAAAUAUGCAUUACGAACAGACUGGAAAAAAUUCCAUAACCAAUGGAAAAUGCCAAACUGAGGGCUAUCAUCAAGGAAAUACUCAUAGUUGUAAACAGUUACAGGAUAUUGUUAAAGCCAAUGAAUUGUUGAGCCAGACAACAGCAUCAGUGCCGCCAACUACUCAGCAUCAACAAAAAUACCAGCAACAGCAUCAACAUCAGCAACUUCAUAAUCAUUCACAGCAUCAUCGUUAUCAACAUCAUCAUCAGCAUCACAAUAAUCUUAAACCAACAGUUACUAUAGUUUAA